CCCAAAAAUUUCCCCGCACCCAUACACUCGUCCCCAAAUCCCUCUCCCUUCUCUUCCUCCCCCCUUGCUCUCCUCUCUCUCCCUCUCUCUCCAUGGCUCCGCCUUUCGUCUUCCCCUCCGACCUCAAAGAUCUCGAAGAAGACUCCGACGAGCCCUCCCUCCGCGUCGAAUCCCCCAUCCACGUCGCCUCUCUCCGCCCCUCCGAACUCGAAGAGCUUGUCAAAGGUGUGGCCUUUGAUCUGUCCGACAGAGAGCUCUUCUGCGUCGAGGAGCAGGACGUGUUCGACCGCGUCUACUCCCUGGUAAGGGGUUUUUCCCUUCUCACCCCCUCCUGUAAGUUCAACCUCGUCGAGACCCUCCGCUCCAACCUCAGCGUCCUCCUCCCCAACGUCGACUCCCUCUCCCGGGCCCCCGAGUCGCCGGCCUCUGGUGGGACCUCAGUCACACUCCGCAUCGCCUCUCACCGCAAUGCCCUCAAGAUCUACUCCUUCUUCCUCCUCACCAUUGCCCUCGCUGAGGAGUCCAGCCGUGACUCCAGUGGUAGCUCUAAGGUUGGUGCACCGGGGCGGAAGAAGAAUGCGACAUAUGCUUGGAAUUGGGAGAUGCAGAGAGGUCGGAUAAUCAAUUUGAUUGCUAACUCUCUGGAGAUCAACCUGUCACUGCUCUUUGGAUCGAGUGAUAUCGAUGAGAAGUAUCUCUCCUUUGUCUCAAAGUGUGCUGUCACCCUAUACGAGAAUCAGGCUGUGUUGAGGGAUGCGGACACGAGAGAUGGACUUGGCCGAAUAAUAGGCACCAUUGCGACCAAGCACCAGCGGACUGCACAAACAUGCGCAUCAGUCUUGCAUUUGAUAUACAAGUUCGACUUCGCAGUCCCUCACAUUGCUGAAGCAGUUGCUGCAGCAGAGAGAAAGUAUGGUGAUGGGAGCCUUGCAAUAGCUCUUAUUAGGGAGAUUGGUAGGACGGAUCCAAAGGACUAUGUGAGGGAUGGUGUUGGGGCAGAGAAUGUUGGGAGAUUCCUUGUUGAUCUUGCCGACCAUUCUCCAAAGCUUAUGUCCACCAAUGUGGGGGUUUUGGUGCCUCAUUUUGGUGGUGAGUCUUACAAGAUUAGAAAUGCUCUUGUUGGAGUCUUGGGCAAGCUGGUUGCAAAGGCAUAUAAGGAUGUGGAAGGUGAUAUGAGUUCAAAGUCUCUGCGGCUAAGGGGUAAGCAGGCAAUGUUGGAGAUUCUUCUAGAGCGUUGCAGGGAUGUCUCAGCAUACACAAGGAGUCGGGUGCUCCAGGUGUGGACAGAAUUGUGCGAGGAACAUGCUGUUCCUAUUGGGCUGUGGAAUGAAGUGGCAUCAGUUGCUUGUGGGAGAUUGGAAGAUAAGAGUGCAAUGGUGAGGAAGUCAGCACUGAACCUGCUCAUCACAAUGUUGCAGCAUAACCCAUUUGGACCUCAACUGCGUGUUAUGGCUUUUGAAGCGACAUUGGAAAAGUACAAAGAGAAAUUGCAGGGAAUGGGGCCUUCUGGCCCUUCUGAGGAAGUCCCUGAUGGUGAUGCUGUUUGCGGAGAGGCUGCCACAGAGCAGGAGAGUGUUAGUGAUAGUUGUUUGCCUUCUAGCGAAGAGCAGAAGGAGAAUGACGGAACUGUUCCAGAUAUUGGGAAUUUGGAACAGAUCAGGGCAUUGGUGGCAUCACUUGAGUCUGGUUUGCAGUUCUCGAAGUGCAUUACUUCUCUGAUGCCGACCCUGGUUCAGCUGCUAGCAUCAUCUUCUGUCACUGAUGUGGAAUACACGAUCCUUUUGCUGAUGAGGUGUAGACAGUUUCAGAUUGAUGGCUCAGAAGCAUGUCUUCGGAAAAUGUUGCCCCUGGUGUUCUCCCAGGAUAAGUCUAUAUAUGAAGCUGUGGAAAAUGCAUUCAUCACUAUAUAUGUUAGAAAAAGCCCAACGGAAACUGCAAGAAAUUUGUUGAGCCUGGCGAUCGAUUCUAGCAUUGGAGAUCUUGCAGCUUUGGAGUGUUUAAUUGGUUCUUUGGUGUCCAAAGGUGAAGUUUCUACAAGCAUGAUAUCAGCUUUAUGGGAUUUCUUUAGCUUCAAUGUCAGCGGAGUAGUGGCAGCACAAAGCCGUGGAGCUUUGUCAAUUCUGUGUAUGGCUGCAAAAUCAUCUCCAAGCAUUCUGGGUUCUCACUUGCAAGAUAUCAUUGAUAUUGGUUUUGGACGCUGGGCUAAGGAAGAGCCUUUGCUUGCAAGAACUGCAUGUGUUGCGCUUGAAAGGUUGUCUGAAGAAGAUAAGGAAAAACUAAGAAACACAGGCAGUAGGAUUUUUGGUAUGUUGCAUAGCUUAGUAACUGGUUUCUGGCUUCCAGAGAACAUUUGGUAUGCUUCUGCUGACAAAGCCAUAAGUACCAUAUAUUCAAUACAUCCAAUACCCGAAGCCUUUGCUGCUGAUUUGGUGAAAAAGUCUCUCAGUUCUGUAUUCAGUGGUACUGGAAGAGAUGAAGCACCCAAUGAUGCAGAUAAUGAUAGCAUCAACUUCCUUUUCACAGUGCCAGCAGCAAAGCUUGGUAGAUUUCUUUUUAUUAUAAGCCAUGUUGCACUAAAUCAUCUGGUUUAUAUUGAGUCCUGUGUUAGGAAGGUUCAGAAACAGAAAUCAAAGAAAGAGAAGUCAAAACAUGAAUCUCAGGCUGUUCAUGGUGGCUCUGCAGAAGAAGCUGCUGUGCAAGAUAUAAAUGCUGAACUGGGCAUUGGUGCAUCUGAAGAUGCAAUAAUCGAUUCACUUUCUGAAAGGACCGAAAAGGAGAUUGUUUCUAGUGGCUCUGUUGAAAAAAACCUCCUUGGAUAUUGUGCACCUUUCGUCUCCAAGCUUUGUAGAAAUUUUAAUUUGAUGCAAAAGUUUCCGGAGCUGCAGGCUUCUGCAAUGCUUGCUUUAUGUAAACUUAUGAUUAUUGAUGCGGAUUUUUGUGAAGCAAAUCUUCAGCUUCUGUUCACUGUUGUGGAGAAUGCACCAUCGGAAACUGUUCGUUCAAACUGCACAGUGGCUCUUGGUGACCUUGCAGUUCGUUUUCCUAACCUCUUAGAACCUUGGACAGAGCAUAUGUAUGCUCGUUUACGAGAUCCUUCAGCAUCUGUAAGGAAAAAUGCUGUUCUAGUGCUUUCUCAUCUCAUAUUAAACGACAUGAUGAAGGUGAAAGGUUACAUAAAUGAAAUGGCCGUGAGGAUAGAAGAUGAGGAUCAAAGGAUUUCAAGUCUUGCUAAACUUUUCUUUCAUGAGUUGUCAAAGAAGGGGAGCAAUCCGAUUUAUAAUUUACUUCCAGAUAUCCUUGGCAGAUUGUGCAAUCAAAAUCUCAAGGAAGAGACAUUUUGCAAUGUCAUGCAAUUUCUAAUAAAUUCUAUUAAGAAGGACAAACAAAUGGAAGCUCUUGUUGAAAAGCUUUGCAAUAGGUUCAGUGGAGUCACUGAUGUUAGAGAGUGGGAGUACAUUGCUUAUUGCCUUUCUCAGUUAACAUUCAGUGAGAAGGGCAUCAAAAAACUUAUUGAGUCCUUCAAAGCUUAUGAGCAUGUUUUAUGUGAAGAUUCUGUGAUGGAUCACUUUAGGAGCAUAAUCAGCAAGUGCAAAAAGUUUGCAAAGCCAGAGCUCAAAGCUUGCAUCGAGGAAUUUGAGGAGAAGCUUAACAAGGUCCAUGUGGAGAGAAAGGAACAAGAAAUCACUGCUAGAAAUGCACAGGUUCAUCAACAGAAGAUUGGUAGUCUUGAAAGCCUGCUGACAUCUAAAAAAGAUGUUGACAAACAUACUGCUGAAGCAGAGGGAGCUGGUGAAGUAAUCGACCCUUCAGUGGAGGACAAAAAUGUUAAAAUGAUGGACAUUUUGCCUGAAACGAAUGGCACAAAGUCGGAAGAAAGUGGGGUUUCAAGUGUUGUGACUGAGGGUGAUGAAGAUGGUCUGGAGGUUCAGUCGCCAUCUCCAAAAACUUCUCGCAGAGGCAUCUCUAAAUCCAAGACCAAGAAAGGUAAAGGGUCGGCUAUGCAAGAUAAAACAGAUGGUGGUCCUGUGAGACGUUAUGCCCGCUCAAGCCGAAGGUUGUAAAGAAGCAUCACAUUGUAAUUCCCAGAAAUCUCCAAGUUGCUGUGCAAAGAUGAGUUUUAUCUCACCUUGUGGGGCUCUGGAGCUUGUGUACGAUGAACUUGUAAAGUGUCAUACGUGGAAUGAACCAUCAUUAACAUCUCUCUUGUAAUAAGGAAACUGCAGUGAUGUAAAAGCUUCUCCAUGUAGUGGAAUGAAAGGAAGGUUCUGACU